UUGUUGUGAGAGUGUUUGAAGGAGUGAGGAGUGUUACAGCGUGAGGGAAGAGCAGAGAGACAGAGAUGGCUCAGCCUGCGCCUCACCUGCACCUGGCCGAGCUCACUGCCACACAGUUCAUGGACGUGUGGAGACACUUCGACAGUGACGGUAAUGGCUACAUUGAGGGGCAAGAGCUGGAGAACUUUCUUGAGGAGCUCGAGACAGCAUGUAAAGGAAUAACCACGGACCCUGUGAACUUUUCAUUCAAGGGGAAGAUGGAGGAGUUCAUGCUGAAAUUUGAUGAGAAUUCUGACGGGAAGAUUGAGAUGUUGGAGCUGGCUCAGAUCCUGCCUACAGAGGAGAACUUCCUGCUGUGUUUCAGACAGUUUGUGGGGUCCAGUGCGGAGUUCAUGUCGGCAUGGAGAAAAUACGACACUGACCGCAGCGGAUACAUCGAGUCCAACGAACUGAAGGGGUUUCUCUCUGAUCUGCUGGAAAAAGCGAACAGAAGCUACGACGACAAGAAGCUGAAUGAGUACACACACACUAUACUGAAGAUGUUUGACCUGAACGGAGAUGGAAAACUCGGACUAUCUGAGAUGGCCAGGCUGCUUCCAGUGCAGGAGAACUUUCUGCUGAAGUUUCAGAGAUUCAAACUGUCCUCUGAUGAGUUCAGUGCCAUCUUCGCUUACUACGACAAGGAUGGGAACGGCUACAUUGACGAACAUGAGCUGGACGCGCUGCUGAAGGACCUCUACCAAAAACACAAAAUGGACUUUGACUCAGAAAGUCUGGCCAGUUCGAAGCAGAGCAUCAUGGCGCUGUCUGACGGAGGGAAGCUUUUCCGCACUGAGCUCGAGAUCGUCCUCUGCAAGGAGUCAACAAUCUGAGCCCUGACCUCACCUUUCCCUGACCCCAGACCUGUGUAUGAAAAGGCUACAGGCACCACCCUCAAGCUUCAUCCCUGUUGCCAUGACCACCUUCACUUAUGCACAAGACUAGAUACUGAAACCAAUAAUGGCAAAUAAUUACAACAUUCAUAUGUGAGAAACCAGACGUCCACCUGUGAAAGCUAUCAUGUUAUUACAUGAAAUGGUUGUUUUGUGAUAGUUUUGAGCCUAGGAUGUAAUUUUAUUUGUUUAUUUAUUUAUUUAUUUUUAUUCUUUCAUGGUGGAUGGGUGUUGUGAGGCAAAUAGUCCGAGUAGAAGAGCUCCCAAAAGAAUAGUCUCAACAGUCCCGAGGUUUACCGCCAUCAUCAAGACACGUGCAGGUUCACCGGUGGUUGUGGAUAGUAAAUAAAAUGUCUAUAUUUCUGUUGUUGUCAUGGCGACCCCUGGUUCGUAUCACCGCCGCUAUGAAGACGUCUGAACCAUUUCGCACCAAACCCCCCCCUGAAUCCCCCCCUGAAUCCAUCAGGUUGACAUCUCAGUGGUUGGUGGUGUGCAGAAUGUUUUAAAGAUUGGUGGAAUUCCCCUUUAAGUACUUAUAUUAGACCAUAUAUGAGUGGUCUUUGAUUUUACUUUCUUUUUAUAACUGUCUAGCUAACACUGAUGUUAUUAAUAAUGCAGGAGCUAAUCUAAGCAUAGCUAACAAUAAUCAUGUAUGUAUCAAAAGCAGUAGAGUUCAUUAGAAUAUAGAUACAAACGAAACACAAAUAGUAGCACUAGUGGAAUCAUCUGAUUAAAUGAUCAGUGCAUUAAACAGUUGAUACCUAUCUUACAUUAUCCUAAUAUGAAAUGAAACGCAUGGCCAUUCACAUCAAACUGUUAGAGGGACCAUAUCAUGGAAAAACGUAUUUUCCCCACUUUUUGAAACAGAAGAGUUUGACGUAACAUGCAGUCAUUGUUAAAGCUGUAAAACUGCUCAUUCAAUGAGGUCCUUUGUGCAGGUUUAUCUUCUGAAAGUCUUUUUAUGCAUAUCUGUUGAACUGACCUCUUUUUUUUAUCCCUUAGAAUUAAAUGUCCUCUUUUUUAUUACUAUGAAUUUAAGACUCGCAUGUGAAUGAGCUCUGUUCUGAUUGGCUGUUCAGUAUUGCGCUGUAGCAUUUUGGGCUGAAACCUUCUUCAGCGUGAGUGGGCGGGGCUAAAUUGGGGCAGUCAUGGGCUGGAGGUUAGGGAACCAGCCUUCUGACCGGAAGGUCGCCGGUUCGAUCCCCAGAGCCGACAGCACGUGACUGAGGUGUCU